AAUUUCGUUAAAGUGGAAUGAAAGUUGAUACAGAUGCAGCCACAGGUUAAAUAAGUGUCGAUUCUUGCGAUGGGAGAGAAAAAGCCAGAACCCAGAGCUUCCUGAAGUGGUCACACAGGUCGUGUUGUUUCUUACGUGACGUAUCAUCAUCUCUCGAUUUCUCACUCUGAUUCCGGAUGACAAUUCCAUCCGGAGGUUGAUUUUUACUCCGUCGUCGGAAGGGAACGGAAGGUCGUGAAGUCUUCACUCUAGCUUAAACCCUGGACUCUUGGGCGUCUCUUGCUGAGGACAUUGUGCAUCUCGCUUGUGCGAUCGGAAGUAGAAAAGUGACGUGUGACGGAGGUACGGUCCAGGCCAUGAAUGGUUGAUAAAGAUCCUAAACCAGCAAGCAUGGAAGAAGCAGGUGGCGGAGGUGAGGGGUCCUCUGGUGGGGAGACAUCGCCUUCCUCGGGGGGAUGCAUGUCCAGCAGCCAGUUUGCCACGGCACAGGUCCUCCUCAAGAAGGGAAAGUGCCAUGCGGCCAAGUACCUAAGGGACGAGUGCCUCCGCAACCUCCCGCCGCAGGACUUGCAGCCAUCCCACCCACAG